CUUUUCUCCAUUGACCGACACCACAACCAGAAGAAGAGUAAAAGCAUGGAGCUUUGGGUUUCUGGGUUGCACCAUUGAUAGAUAUCCGACAAGCUUCAGAUGAAACACAUGGUCGAACUUAAAGAGCUCGAGGCCCCCAUUCGAGCCUAGCUGCCGCCGAACAACGACCUUGGGGGCAACUUUUUGGAAUGGCUUCGAAUAUGGGUGAGGCCUUUGCAGUCAGAUUUGGAAACCUAGACAGAAGGGAGAGAGAGAGAGAGAGAAGCAGCUUCUAAACCUUGUCUAAUAUUGGCAGUUGGGACAUAGAAAUAGGUUUAUUCGUCUUGCUUAGAAGACCAAGGACAAGCAAGUCCCCACAGCUCAGGCCAGCUAUUCUACAAAAGUUAAAGUGCUCAAACUAAAAGUAGACAAAAGUGGGUGAUUGGUCACAGGAUCCAUGGCGGGCCUUUCUUUUGAAAAAAAACAAACACACACACACCAAAAAAAAAAAAAAAAAAAACUGGCUCAAAACCACUACUAUCAAGAAGCCCACGUUCCCAUUUACUACACCUGAACUGUCCCUGAACCGCUUUUUCCCCUUCUUUUCUCUUCAAAUUCCAGCCUUCAACUGAUCAGAACCCAAAUAGUUUUCAACUUGUUUUGAUCUUCUUCGGCCACUUAACCAAACAAUUGUUCAAAACCCAUAAGGACUCCACUCUUGCUAUCCCGCCAAUGAUGAAGUGGGGAAAGAGGAGAGGUUCUUCUUCUUCUUCUUCAUCAUCAUUGCCCUCAAAGGCUUCUUCCACUGCCAAUGUAUUUGCAGUGGCAUGGCUUUCCAAGUUCAAGCAGAUGGGGAAGCAAAAGGGGAAGCCGAACCCGGUGUCUCAGAGCAUGCCAACGCCUGCGAGUUGGAAAGAUGCUCGGUUCUAUUGUGGGGACGAUGACUCUUACUGGAGGCUUUCGUUUGGAGAGGAUCGAGUUGACGGAGAUGAGAGAAGAGGUCAUCGGCAAUCGGUUUGGUAUGGUUCAGAGGAUGAGUUGGAAUUUCCUGUGUCUAGUUGCCAAAACUGCAAACUAGAAGCGGCAAGAGAAGAGACAUGGAGGGCAAGAGAAUUGCCUCCAAAUGAGUUGACUUCACCACAAUUUGCUGGAUGCAGUAAAGUAGAAGAAAAGGGCAAGGAAUCCAAAGUGCCGAGGAGAAAAGCAACGAAAGAUCAGAAAUUGAGGAAGAUAAAUGGAAGAGUCUUGGAAGAGAUGGUGGCAGAAUUGGAAAGACAAUCAGAGAAAGCAUCAGAAGAGAUGCCAGCAGCUCCGGCAGAGAGAGAUAUAUUUGAACUGGAAUCUGUUACACUAACUCGAACAAACAAGAGGGAACAUCUAAAGACAACAGCGUCUGGUUCUAGAAAAGACAGUUGCGUCUCUGUAGAGAAAUCAAUGAAUUCGAAUCUGAAAACAAUUGAAGAAGAUGGAAUGCUUGAAGCUCCGAACUUGAAGGAAACCGAAGGCUUAUCAAAAGAAAAGUCGAGUUCAGAGUGGGAAAGGUUGAAGGAGAUGAAAAUCAGAGAGAUAAUGUCAAGGAGUGAGAAGCAGAGGAAAUCUGUCCAUGUAAGCAGGGACUUGCAGAGAAGAACAAAACAGGGUGGCAAAGUCAGAGCUUAUUCUCCCAGAACAGCUGCCAAGAUUGAAUGCAAAAUCAAAGCUCUGGAAGACAUGAAGAAAGCAAGAAUGAAAACAAAGAAGAAGAAGGAGAAAGCAGUUGAAGACAGAACAGCAUUUGACAGCUUUGCAGUGGUCAAAAACUCAUUUGAUCCUCAGCAGGAUUUCAGAAAUUCGAUGAUCGAGAUGAUCACUGAAAAAGGGAUCAGGAGAGCACAAGAGCUUGAGGAACUCCUUGCAUGUUAUCUAACAUUGAAUUCUGAUCAAUACCAUGAUCUCAUAAUCAAGGUCUUCAGGCAGGUAUGGUUCGAGCUCAACAUGGACCAUUCUGAUCCAGAAUUACAGAAAGGAGAGAGUUACUACGGUUAAUUACUCUUUACCAUAAGAUCAACUACAAAUCAUAGUUGAAGUUGAAGUAAUAGACUGUUAACUGUAUCAUAAUGCUAUUUAUGUUUAGCUACAGUGAGCUAUACUUUUUCUAAAUGCAUGUUUGGAUAGGCUUUAAAAUCACCAAAAG